AUGCAUGACAAGAAGUCGCCUAUGGCGAACUCUCACUACUUAAAGAAUUUGAAACAGCAGUUUCGCAACAAAAACCUGAUUGAAACGACAAUUCAUCUGGUAGAAUGUAAUGACCAUGAUUCGCUGGCAUUUCUAGCGAGAACAUAUGGAAUUCCACCGCAGUUGCGACACCUGGUAUGGCCGAUCUUGUUGAAAUACCAUCCAAUGUGUAUCUCACCAAACAUUAUAUCUAAUACUAUUUCUUGGGACCCUAUAACCAAUGACUUCAUACUCAAUGACCCUUUCCUGAAAAGUAAGAAUUCCAUUAAUGAGCAAGAUAAGAGUGGCGAUGAAAAUAUUCUGCCGUAUGAUAUCGAAUCUGUCAUUCUGCAUGACUUGAAAAAGUACUUCCAUUCUAGAUCUAAUCCUGCUGCCUCAUCGAGCAAUAGCAAUACAAACACCAACAAUGUUGCCACUCCAACCCCCGCAUCAUCUUCAGACGCUUCUACUGUCUCUUCUAUGGAGGUUCUAUCUCCCUCAUUGGACUAUGAAUUCCAGAUCAUCGAGACCUUGAAAAACGCCAUCGUGAAGUUCUUACUAAAGUGGUCCAAAAUCUUCAAAUACGAAAGCGGUCUUGCCUGGAUCGCCCUGGGACUGGCUGAAUGGUACCCCAUCUAUCCCUAUGAAACGAUGUCUUCUUUCAACGAGACUCGUUCAUUUUAUGACGUGGAGGAUUAUAUAGUUUUGAGCGGUAGAAAACACGCUCUUUUAAGCACUAGCAAUAACGGAAAUAGCAAGAAUACUAGCAAUAACACGAACGGUAAUAACACGAAUAUAACGUCAGGCAUGAACAACCUGAGCAUCAACACGAAUACCAGUUUACACAACUCUCCAUACAUUUCUCAUACGUUAUCAUACUUGUAUAAAGAGUAUCCAUUGCCUUUCGAACUUCGAUCUAAAUUACCCACAACACCAAUUUUCUCAUUCAGUGCUCUUUUUGAAAGACUAGCUCUUGUCAUUUUGCACUGUCCUGACACCAUAUUAGCACACAAACAGCUGAAGAAUGACUCCAACCCAUCUUCUAGCUCGAAGACAAACUCUAACUUCAACACAAAUUAUUUUCCUAUUAUAUCAGGUGGCGAUCUUUCAUUUCAAACACAAGUUUUUUUUAAGGUUUUCUCCUCAAUACUGCCUGAGCUCUACCAGCCUCUGACAGAAGAAUCUUCAUUACAACCUUCAUCAUCAAGGAACUCCUGGCUGUAUUGGUGGUUAAAGUGCUCUGGAUCCAAGGCCUUACAAAGACAGGAUAGAGGGCGCGUAUGGGAUUUGCUGCUCGGUUGGAGGCCCAAACCAAACAUGAACACAAUAAAUUUUUUCUUGAAUUAUAACGAUAAAAAAAUGGAUCACCUUUAUCAUGAUACACCACAGUGUGACAACGAGCAGUACUGGAUGAAAGAUUGGAUAGCUCUGUACAAUAAUGACCCCUUUUGGUUCCCAGAUCUGGAUAGUAUGACACUCGGUUCCAAAAAAUUUCCCUACGAUUAUAGUGUCUUCAAAGAAUUACUUUUGAGGAAUAAAUACGGGGGUACUCAAAGUAAAACUCAAACAGAAGAUACCGUGCCAUCUUCCAAUAGUGAUUCAAAUGACAAGUCGGAAUUAAAAUUACCGUUCUCUUCUAUUGAUCCUCAUAUGCAAUUGAUCUUUAUUUUUAUUGCAAUUUUGCAAUUUAAUGAGUUUAAACUAUUAGAGUUUGAAGAAGCGGAAAUUUCAGAGUUUUUAAAUAACGUUCCUUUAUUGACAAAGUUUGAUGAUUCUUCCUAUAGGAAGUUAUACGAGAAUACUGAAUCGAGCAUAACUAGCCUGCCUUCAUCACCAACUACUUCCACGAUGGCCUCAUUGCAAUCCAAUUCCAACUCAAGCACACAUAUCUCCAAUUAUCACAUGUUGAUUGAAGUUGGUAAUGAUGCUAAAGCUUCGCAUUGUUUUGAUGAUCUGUUAAACAUGGCGGGGGAUAUCUGGAGAAAGUGGCUAUGGAGAGAGUUAGAGGAAAGCUCACUUUAA